ACGAGCUGUAUCGACUUCGCUUGCCAGUCGUCUACGGCGCGUGUAUAAUACCUGUACAGCUGUGUUGUUUUCGACUUGUUUUCGAAAGCGCGCCGUCGCGUCACGCUGCGUCGCAGCGAAAGCUUUUUAGUGUUGCGCUUUUGGUGUAGCCCAGCAGCAGCAGCGCGGAGUCGGUGCGCAUCGAAGCUUUGACUUUGACGUCUUGGCUGCUUGCCUGCUCGGUGGCUUGGCGGCUGACUUUGCGGUUUGCUGAAUGGUGGAUGGAUGGAUGCCUUGGCUCGUUGGCAAGUGGCAAAGCGCCAUAUGCCUGAUCGCAGGCAGUUUUAGUCGCCGACGUGAUAUUGAAUGAACCGUACGCGCGUUUUACCACCAACGAGACCGUUAUAAGAGCAUUAUAGUAAUUUGUAUGCCAAGUGAAUUUGUGCUACGUUGUGCAGCGUGAACAAAAAAUUAUCUUUUUGAAAUUGAAAUACAAAUACAAAAAUUUAAAAGAAAUAAAGAAAAACAUUAGACUCCGCGCGCGCGUGCGUGCAUUUGCCAUUAAUACUUUACAGUUGUUUCUUAUAAACCUGCAGCGCUGGGUUGCCGGUCGGUCUAUUGCCCACUCAACUGGUAGUAAAGAGAGCUUGAUGAUACUGGAAAUUUAAUAUUUGCUGUAACGGCAAACUUGAAUGUCACAUAAAAAUGCUGUUUAACAAUAACCGCAACAACAACAUAAAAGCAAACAAUUUGCAGUGAAAAAACAACAACAAUUCGUACUACUACAAACAACCAUUGAAGCUGCAGCAAUGCAACAAGGUGCGUCACACUACCGCCAACACAACCAGCAACAACAAUAAGCUGUAUGAAAUCUUAAAACAUACAACUUAAAAUAAAGUGGAGUUUUCACACAAAAACAUCAUAGAAAUGCAAGUUUGUAUUUAUAUAAAUGAAAAGACAGUAAAAAUAAAGAAAUAAAUAAAAUUGAAAAAUUAAAACUAUGCGCAAUUUUAAUGCAAAAUAUAACUGCGAUAAAAAAGUUCCAGUGAAAAAAUAAGGUUUCAUUAAAGUAACGACUAAGCAAGAGGAUUAUGCAGCGACUGCAUGACAAUAAGUGCAAUGAAGACAACAAAAGAAAAUUAUAAAGUCAUCAAAUCAGGAAGUGCAUGCAGAAAUGUAUGAACGCCGACAAGUGCCCAGAGACCAUUGAGUGUACACAUUUAUCUAUGUAUGAGUGCAAGUAACGACUGUUAGGGAGUUACAGCGAUUAUAUUACACGCUACAAAUUGCAUAACUGCAAAUCACGACGCAGUGAGAUCGAAAAAAAGAAAACGAAAACAAAGAAACUGCAGACAAAAGCCAUAGAAACAAAAGAGAAGCUUUAGAAGAUCACAUUUGCUUUGUAAAAGAACAAAGUGGGCGCUGAAGAUCAGGCACAAAGCGUCGAGUGUUGCAAACGGAGCAAAAGCAAACACGGAAGAGUGAAGAAACGGAGGAAGAUAUUCGUUUGUUUGUAUAGAGGCGCCAAGAGAUCGGAGCUUAAGCGAAGAUCAACAUUAUUGAGGUGAAGCAAGUCAGAAAAAUAGUGCAAGACCAAGAAAAACGAAGUAAAUCUCAACGCGGAAAAGAAGUAAUCAGCAGCGCGGUAAUCACAAGUAAAUUUUAGUAAUCACAAUUUAAAAGCCAGUUGAGCCAGCAAGCAACAGCAAUAAUGGCAACGAAAACUGUUAUAAACACGAAUACGCCAACAACGCGUGGCAUCUCCAUACUAAUUGACCAGAAUACAGAAACAACACCAACAACAAUACAUAAGCAACAACCACUCGUACUCAACAAUUGUCAACAAGAAACAUUGAGACCAACAACACAAAUGCCCGAAACGGCCAAGAUCACUAUCUAUCAAAAUACAACAACAACAAAAACACAAAUGGCACCAACACCAUCAACGGCGGUAACUAGAACAGUACUCACUAAGCUGCAGCCGCAACCAAGUAAAUUAGUGGCAACAACAACACGUAUUGGUGUUAGCGGUAUAGAUAAUAAUUACAAAAGCAAUAAUAAUGUCAAAGCAAAUAAUGAGCAAACGUUGAAUGAUGAUGAGCGACGCCACUCGUAUCGCAUACAGAGUGGUGAGUACGAGAGUGACCAAAAAACUAGUUACACCACAAUUAAGCAGAAAAUAACAACAUCCACGGUGGUGCCAACUUUUCCACAAUUGCUGUUGAAAGUGGUGAGUGAAAGAGGAAAAGCCAAUAAUGGACAUAGCGAGCGCAGCGAUGGCGGCGUUGUGAGCAACGAAGAUGUGCACGAAACGAAUGGAAACGACGGCCGUUUAGCUAACGGUGUUGGAAGUGAUGUUGGAAAAUCGCAAGUAAAUAGAAAUGGUCAAAAUGAGCAGCUGAGCAGUAGCAACAAUAAUAUAUCCACGAAGCAGACAGCACAAGUGAAUGAUCAACAACAUCAACAACCACAGCACGGCAUGAUUAUCAUACGAUGCAAUGGCGAUGAGCAACAUGACAACAACAACAAAGCGCAUAAUAAUACGCGUGAUAAUGAUGAUGCACAUGAUCGGCAUGCUGAUAAUGAUGAGCGCGGCGCUAAUGACGUUCGUGCUGAUCAGCAGCAAGUUGAUCCAGUUGGCUCACUUGGUGCGCCAACUGCGACGUCUAAUGUAUAUCGCGACGAAAGUUGUGUGACUAGUGCUAUUGGAAAUGGUCAAAACGCGUUUGAACAUUAUAUCUGUACGAAUGCGGCAAAUGUUAGCGAACACGAUCGCCAUGAGGCUGGCCAUAGUCUCUGCAAUACAGAUGUCCAAGAGCAGCUGGAAAGUGCAGACGUGAACGCGAAUUCAAAAGCGAUCGGCGUGAAUAGUCUACUAACGGCAACGAGUGCAGAUUGUGUAAGUGCACUGACCGAAACCGAGGCAGCCAUACGCAGGCGCAGUGUUGAACAAAUAACAACAAAUCAUAAAGAAUCGAAUUUGAAUAAGCAAUUAGAACCCAAAUUACAUGUGUUAAAGAUACAAAUAAAACCGAACGAAGUGCAUGAAAAGAGUGACAAACAAGUGUCGGUGGUGACCCUUAACAAGGCACAAGUGCAAGAAACGCCCGAGCAACACUCCCCAACAGAUAAUCAAAUUAAAGAAUUAACACAACUAAGUUGUUCAGUGCAAAUAAUUGACUCAACUCAGGCUACAACGACGGGUGAAAGUGCGAACGAACUACAUACAAACGAAUACAACAAAAUCAAUCACGAACAGAAAAUGGUGCAAAAGCCUACAGCUGCAACGCCUACGGCAGCCACAUUAACAACGACGACAACAGCAAUGAUUCUCAAUACGGGCGCGGUAACCGUGUCGUCGGGCGGUAAUGCCGCAACAAACUUGUUAGACGCGAUCACAAUCGCAAACGGUAACGGCAAGAGUAACGGUAAUGCCAAUAUUAAUGGUAACGAUCACGCGAACAACACGAACGCUACGUCGAAUACAAGCGUUACCGAUUUAAAUGUCACACAUCCUUCGUAUCUGUACUAUGUUAUGUCCAGUGGUCAAUUCUCUCCUUGCGACACACUAGACAGCGGCACAGGUAGCGAUCUGGAGAGUAAUGGUAAUGUAACACCCGGCGCACCAACCACACAGAACAAGUUACUCGGCACACUCGAGAAACUCAAUGCUGUCACACAGAAUGGUGUUAACGGUAGCGCGCCCAAAAUGGAAUUGCACAUGAAAGCGACUAAAAUACGUCUCAAUGGCAGCACUAAGAAGUCAGUGUUGGACUUGCCAAACGGUACAGCGAAGUCACAUACGAAUGGCGAACAUGCACGCGCUGGCAGUUUCACCGAUAGUGAGGAGAGCGAAUCGUCCUCGUUGAGUUGUGAUUCAUUGCACUCCACCGAAUUCAUACGCCAGUCAUCGGUUUCGCCAACAGCACAGAAAACCACGGGCAACGCGGCUUCCUUGGCUUGCGUCAAAAUGUUGGGCUCUUUUCUGCCGGACUCCUUGUUGCGCGAUAUACGCGAUCGCAAGUUCCCCACCAAUGAUUUUGAGGCGAAAUAUGGUGAUUCUGGCAGCGCUGCCAGCGCUGAUGGUGGCAGUGAUGUGGAUGGUGAGGGUGAUGUGACCACAACUGCCUUGCCGGUUGCCAUCAACGAGCAGGAUUAUAUUAAUAUGGAGCAUAAGCAAUUCUUAAAGGAACGUAACAGUAAUAAUAUGACUGUUAAUAAUAGUCACAACAACAAACGCGCGUCGCUGCCGAAUAAAACGUUCGUUUUAAACGCGGAUAACGGUACAUUCGUUGAUAUGAAAAUGAACUCAAUGCCGCGCAAAUACGAAGCUGAUAAAUAUUACAAUUUCCAUGUGAGAGAACACGAAAAUUUCCGCAGUUUCGACAUUACUGGCGGUCUUGGUGGUAUUAAUGGUAAUAGUGUUAGUGGUGGUUCCGCUAGUUUGGGCGGUGGCGACCUUGAAAGUCUCUCCGAAUAUGAAACGAAGAGUUUACACGACGAUGCCUUCGCCGGCUACAAGGAUAUACGUUGCGGUUCGGCCACUUCGACUAUACGUUCGUCGAAGGGCACAGUGCGCGGCGUCAAGAAUCGUGUGCGCAAUGGAAUAGCCACAUUCUUGCAGUUGCAGCAACCGAAUGUAAAGAACUUCAAGGAAAAGGAUGCCGGUAAGGUGGUGCUUUAUACAACGAGUAUGGGCAUCAUACGUGACACAUAUGCCAAAUGUGCGAAUGUCAAGCAGAUAUUGCGUACGUUGCUUGUGAAAUUCGAAGAACGGGACGUCUUCAUGAGCAUCGAGUAUCAGCAAGAGAUAAAGGAGCGAAUGCACUCGGAAGCGAUAAAAGUACCUCAACUCUUUGUGGAAGGCCAACACAUUGGUGAUGCUGACACUGUGGAACGACUGAAUGAAUCUGGUGAACUGCGUCAGCUGCUCAAACCAUACAAGUCAAUUGCUACGACAUUCACAUGUCAAACAUGCGGCGGCUACCGCUUACUGCCAUGCCCCUCAUGUAAUGGGUCUAAAAAAUCGGUGCAUCGAAAUCAUUUCACGGCCGAAUUUGUGGCACUGAAAUGCAUGAAUUGCGAUGAAGUUGGACUGGUGAAAUGUCACAAUUGCUAAGCAACUUCACAACAGCAAUGCGAAACUUGAUUCACAGCUACGCAUGUGGGCGGGGGGAUACGCUGAACGGAUAAUUGACGCAAGUCAUGUAGACCAAGAGUAGCGCUACUUAUAAUUUUGAUAGAUAUAAAUGGAGGUGUAUACGUAUAUGUGUUUUUAGACUAAUCUAUAUCUAUAUGUAUAAAUAAUUAGCUUAACCAACGAAA